ACGAAAUCAUCUCGCGAGCUCUCACCACAGCUUGUGACGCCAGUUCCCGUUGCCUUGCUGUCAAGUCCGUAAAUUGUCAGGAGAGAUAAUGGCCAGAGUAGAGGUGACGCCACUGAGACCGUGGGACGACUUCUUUCCCGGAUGGGACAGAUUCGCCAAACCAGAUAUGAAAGACACGGCGAAAUGGAAUAACAGAGUUGUCAGCAACCUACUCUACUAUCAAACAAAUUAUCUGGCAGUUUCUGUCUGUGUUUUCCUUAUGGUCGGGUUCCUGAACCCUUUGGGAAUGUUCACCGCCAUGGCUGUGGUCUCAGGAGUUUUUCUGUGCUCAGUGUGGGCAGGCGAAAACAGAACGGCCAUCAGGAACUUCAAAAGACAGAACCCCACAGCCUUUAUGAUUGCUGUUAUGGUGACUAGCUACGUCUUCAUAUCCCUGUUGGGGAGUGUCAUGGUGUUCAUGACCGCAAUCACUUUACCGCUCACCUUGGUAUUGGCCCAUUCAUCCUUUCGCCUCCGCAACAUGAAGAACAAACUGGAGAAUAAAAUAGAGUGUUCCGGACUCAAAAGGUCACCAAUGGGCCUUUUCCUGGAGUCUCUUGGUCAGCAAGAGGAGAACUUUCAAAAGAUUCAGAACUUGCUGGAGUCCAAAAUGAAGGAAUGACUGGACUCAGAAAGGACAACACACUCCUGUUCAUCCGUUUACCAAAGAUUUUGACCCACUUCCAUCUAUCUGAAUGGGCCCCGUGAGCUCCCUUUACCUUAUGAUGAGAAUCAAAUGUGCUAUGCCCACUGAGUAUUCCACUCCUACUAGACUACGCCCUAAUUCUAAAAUCUGGCUUGUAUUUCUCACUCACUCACAGACGUCAACCACAGCAGUUCCCCACUAAGGUUAACUAUUAUUACAAGGCAUAUAAAAAAUGAAAAAAAAAAACUCAUGAUAUAUGUCCUUGCUGAGAUAUGUUAAAGAUGCUAUUGUUUCAAAUCUGUAUAACCCCACAUAAAGUUUGCUUUAGUUCUCGUGUGCAUAGAAAACAGCUAAGCUCAGAUGUUUUGCAAUAAAAGAGAAAGAACCUGCUUACUUUGGCGCCAUGAUGAAUGGAAUACGUGAGUCACAUCACUGUGUCAAUGUUGAAAAGUGAAGACUUCAAAAGGGUCUGAGGUCUUAAAUCAAAUCCAUCCGUAUUCCUCCUGCACCCCUGAGUCUUUAAUCUUGACAGAGCCCUCUGGGUGACUGAUUAUCUUGGUUGAUGUUAAUCAAUGGGCUGCUCCGCAUUAUAGUACAGAUUAUCAGUGUGAAUUGAUAUAAUCCACCUCCAUGUGUCAGUAGAGCAGCAUGUCACCUUGUUUUUCCUAUUGGCUUGUGCAGAAAAGCAAUGUUAGAAGGGGCAUAUUAAAAAUGAGUUUGACACACUUUGGGGAAAAUUGGGGCACAGUAUAUUAUCAAUAUUGGUUUCACACAAACUACUUUUUUUUAAUUUUUAUUGGUUCACCAAUUUUUAUUUCCAAGCUAUCAUACUGAUCAAGAAGACAUUAUCUUUACUUUUUUUUCCAUUUGUGUUUUGAGGAAUAAAUUCAUAGCUGUCAAGACCUUUUCUUUUUUUUUUAAUCUGCAAUGGAUGUAUAGUAUGGAACUUAAAAAAACAUUCAAGGAGCACUGAUUUGUUAAAAUUUUCAAAACAAAAAAAAAAGUCAAGCCAUAUCAGGUAUAAUAAUUUAACUGAGAAAUUGUACAAGAGGCAAUUCUAGUAUGGUAAAUCAGUGUGUAAGUGAAAAUAGAAGUUAAUACUUAAAAACAAUAAAGCAUGCAGUGAAUAUUAUCUUUUGAGUAAUGUAUGAUUCUUUUAUUUAUCUGUCUAUUUUUACUAUUUUCAUUUUUGGAUUAUGACAAAUAAUACAAAAUAACAACAAAAUGAAAAUGAAAAUGCUAUAAAAAUAUGUAGUGUUUGCUCACUUGUAAGGACUUGAGCUUUGGAACCAGAGGGCUACAGUUUGAGUACAGCUUCAGACAAAUGCAAAAAAUUAAACAAAAUAAUAAUAAGAAGAAUUUCUUGUGAGUAAGAGGCUAGUUUGCUUCUUAAAUACUGUCAAGGGUGGCCUUGCUCAAGAGAUGCAACACUUUGUGUGCCCCUCAGGCUGACUCUCCUUCCAUGUCUACAUGUUUGUGGUCUAGUUCUCUGCGAAGUAUACAAUAUGCAUACGCAGAUUGUGGGUGUAAUUUUCCUUUGUGGGAUUAAUAAACAUGUACUGGGAUGUAUAACGAAAAAAUAAA